GUGUUAAAAUUAGUAACAUUGAUCAUGGCUGUGAUGGUGAUCCAGCUGACCUACACAACGUUAUUAUUUACUCAGACACUGACCACUACAGUGUUCCAGUAUCUUGUGUUACUUAACUAACUUGUGGUCCUCUACAUCUUACUAUCAGAUACAGUACACAGCUGACAAGUUAGUGCCAAGGACCAUCUGAGGAGCAGGUGAAGCAGAAGCAGGGAAAACAGCAGCAGGAAAAACAGCAGAAGCAAGUUCGCUAAACUGAAGAGAUAACAGUAACUGGAACGAGCAGCAGCUACCAUGUAUAACCGAGGCAAUACUGGACGAGAGCUCUUCAGCAGGCACCAGGACUACAGCAGUAGCAGCAGUGAUCGGUGGUGCCAGCAAGGGGAGGGCUCCCAGGACUGGUCCUCUCAGCUCUACGGUUCUCAGGAUUCACAGAGGCUCUCAGCACCCACUUACAGGACCCAACCACCCAUGGCUAAUAUUGAAGGAUCAAAUCCUGGAAGUAGUGGACGUGGUGCUGCAGCUCCCUCAGCAGUUGGUGGUCCGCUAGCACCGCCUCUCACACAUCCACCAGACCACCGCGACCUCACACUAGCCAGGGACAUAAGGUUCGGUCUGUACACUAUAUUAACUGUGAUGCGGAAACUGCCUGAACAACUGAAGGAUGCUUGUAGUGAGAUCAGCCGCACAUCUAAUGAACCUGAGGUUACUCGAAGUCUCAUCAAAGACACCUCCAGCCAGCUCCAGCACCUCGUCUCCGGCAUCCAGGACAAACUCUCCCAGCUUCUCAACAAUAAAGAUAACGAACAGGAACUGCAGCAGUCUCUCUUCAUGAGGGAGGAAGAUAUGUCCCAGCUGGUGAGUCGAGUGCAGGAGGCGGUAAACCAGCGCUACUCGGCCUCCAUGGAAACUCACAUUACUACCACAAAGAAGGACUUCCAACGACACAUGAAGAAGAUGAAGGAUAGUCUUCAGGAAAUUACCAGGGUGGAGCCAGCAGUAAAAAACCUGGAGGAGGGCAUCAGCAAAGUAGCUGAGACCAUAACGACAAGUUUAGUAGAUCUGAAGACUUCAUUCACCUGCCUGGAGCCCAGAGAUCCCCCUGGCCUGGAGAACAUUGCCACAUCAACGCAGCGUGGGUUUGACCAGAUACAGUCUUCCAUCCAAGAUCUCUCCCACAAGGUGAUCACCUUGACAAAAGACUUCACAGCACAAAUUACCCAGGUGCAGUUGUCCAUGCAAGACCUGUCUCAGAACAUGACCAGUUUGCCCAAAGACUACACAGCACAGAUCACCCAGGUGAUGCGAGAGGUGAUACAGAAGAGUGCAGCUGAAUCUCUGGUGAGGAACAACAGCAGCACCAGCAGCAGCAUCACCAGCCUUGUCAGUCCCACUCAUAGAGUCUUCUCCAACCAUCGACCAAUCUUUCCUCUCGCCGAGAAUGGCUACCGGUGUCAAGUGUCACCAGUGGCACAUGUACCUCCGAUAACUCAAGCUUCACCUCAAGUCUCCAUGGCACCGCCUGUCUCCCACCCUAAUACACAUUCUACUCCUCAGUCAAGUCUAGGUGUUUCACCAUGCCCAGAUUUCGGAGUAACACCCGUGUCUAGACCAAGUGUUUUACAACACCCACACUCGAGACAAACUCCACAGCCUAGACCAGACGCUCCAUCACGCCCAAACUCUGGACCAACACAUGUACGAUGCAUUAUUCCACCACAGCCAAGACCAGGCAUGCCACCACCACAGUCAAGACCAGGCAUGCCACCACCACAUUCAAGACCAGGCAUUCUACCACCACAGACAAAACAAGGCAUUCUACCACCACAGACAAAACCAGGCAUUCUACCACCACAGCCAAAUCCAUUCAUUCCACCUCCACUACACCCAGACUAUAUAGCAACACCACACUCCAGACCAGGUAUUUUAUUACACCCAAACUGUAGAGAAACACCGCAGGCCAGACCUCAUAUUGCACACAGGCUAGAUCCACAAGCAACGCCCCAGCCCAGAUCAGUAACUAGCAGCACUGACUUCAGGUUGGCAGCCCAAGAAAGUACUGCCACUAAGGAUCUCGGCAAAGCAGCUCUACCCAACGAGAACACUAAAGGAACACCUAAGUGCUCUGCGAAGGUUGUCUUUCAUGAAGAGGACCGUAGUGAUGCAGUGGAAGAGGAAUCUCAGAAAGUGGCUUGCCGCUCUUCCUGGCUGCUAGAAGGUGAAACACAACGCUUCACCCCACAGAAAGGACACUUCCUUGUACAGUUCAGUAGUGAUUCCUCAGACCAGGGAUUUGUGCUGGAUUGUGAUAGCAGCAGCAGCAGCUGUGGCAGUUCGCUUAAAGUGGCCACCAGAGCUACUCCUACACUAUCUAUCAAAGACACCAACACUAGCACAGAUGAUUGGGUGGAGGGUAUUCGAGGUCAUGGGAAAAGACUGAAAACCAAGAAAAAAGUGAAUGAAUCUGAGGGCCAUGCUGCUUCCUCUUCCUCUUUUAUGCAAAAAGCAGCUGUAGCCACUUUGGAGACAGUUACCCCAAAUGUAAGGAAGACAUCCCCUAUGGUUCUGGGAGGCAACAUUACAAGGAGCUAUAAAUUGAGAGGCAGUGAAGUAGGAACAGCAGCAGCACCAACAGGUACAAUCUCUGGAUGUAGGAAUGAUGUUGGGAUAAGUAAGGUGUUAAAGGUGGAAAAUCUGUCUACCAUGCCCCACUCAGUAGAAAUUGAUAGAGAACCAUAUUCUCACACAUCUGUUUUCCCUAAUGAUCCAGUGUCUGGGAAAAAGAGAAAAGUAGAUGAUUCUCUCCUUCAAGAGAAUUACAGUGUUAGAGUCCAGCAAACAGAGCCUGGCAGAAAGUAUAAGGUGAAUUUUGAGUGUGCCCCUAAGCAGACGCCAAGAAACACUAGUGCCAUAGUAGCAAGUCGUGCUCGUCGCUACUUAACACCUCAGAAUGAGCGUGGAAUCAAAUUAAGGUUCUUUAAAACUGCUAAAAAAAAAAAAAACUUGUAAAAAACAAUACUUUCAUUGUAAUAGAGUACUAGCAAAGAUUGUUUAUAUUUAAACAAUACAUUUUGUGUUACUAUGAAAUCUGAGGAUGGACUUAUGUUUAUAAUGACUACAGUGCUAGUCAGUAUGCAUUCAUAUAAGCACUCAUCUUGAUAAUUAUAUUAAAAUUAAGGAUAUAUUUUUACUACAAUUUUCUAUGUAUUGUAACAUGUAUGUGAAUUAAUUUGCACACCUGGUCAAUAUUGUAGUAUAAUAUGGAGUUAUGGAUGCCAUGCGAGGAGUUGGUUUGUGGAGGAUAUAUGUUUCACCCACAAGACUUUGUCCUUAACAUUGAGAGGAACACAGUGGGCAACAUGUGGAGAGAUUAGUGGUGUGCAUGAAGUAAUGGAUGACAGGAAUAUAGUUACCUAUUUAAACUUGUGCAGUAAGGGAGGAAGAAAGAGCUUUAUCUCUUGAUCUUGCCUCUUAACUUUAGAUUGACAUGUGCAGUUGUAGGGUAUCGUUAAUUUAGGUUCUUUUUCUUUAAACUGUUACUUGAACCUUUUUUUCUUCACCCCAUCCCAGAUGGCACUAUCUUUGGUCUCUGUCCCCUUUUCUUUAAUAAUAUAAAGUGCAGUAACUAUUUGACUUUCUGUAUGCUUGAAAUCUGUUGAAAUCUUCCUGUAGAAUUCUUAUAAAACAUUUUUGGGUUAUAUUCUCAUUUUUUAUUAUCUGGUAACAAGGAUAUGUAGGAGAUAAUUCCUACAAUCGAGUCAUUAAUAUACACCAGUAACUCAUAAUAGGUCUACAGUGUACUUCCAUUCCUAUGCUUCAACCCUUAGUGACUGUUUUCAUUGUUUAAGCAAUUACUUUUUUUUUUUUUUUUUUUCAACAGGUCGGCCGUCUCCCACCGAGGCAGGGUGACCCAAAAUAGAAAGAAAAUCCCCAAAAAGAAAAUACUUU